UGAGCCGAGAAGAGGCGGAGCUGGUGCUGUCCCUACUCCCUAGCAGGGAGGCAGCCGAGGAGGCGGCGCGGCGGGCCCGGGCGGCCGAAGCUCGGGCGAAGCGGCCUGAGAGGCUGGCAGGUGGCGCCGGCAGCGCGUGGAGAGCGGCGCCGUGGGGUGGGCGCACCCGGCUAGAGGCGUUCACUCCAUGCGUGCGGGCCGAGCUCGGCCCCAGCGAGCCGCCGACAUGAAGAAAGACGUGCGGAUCCUGCUAGUGGGAGAACGUUCCCCCUCGGGCAGAAGAAAUCACCAUUCCGGCUGAUGUCACCCCUGAGAGAGUCCCAACACACAUUGUGGAUUACUCAGAAGCAGAACAGAGUGAUGAACAACUUCAUCAAGAAAUAUCACAGGCUAAUGUCAUCUGCAUAGUUUAUGCUGUUAACAACAAACAUUCUAUUGAUAAGGUAACAAGUCGAUGGAUUCCUCUCAUAAAUGAAAGAACAGAUAAAGACAGCAGGCUGCCUUUGAUACUGGUUGGGAACAAAUCUGAUCUUGUGGAAUAUAGUAGUAUGGAGACCAUCCUUCCAAUUAUGAAUCAGUAUACAGAAAUAGAAACCUGUGUGGAGUGUUCAGCAAAAAAUCUGAAGAACAUAUCAGAGCUCUUUUAUUAUGCACAGAAAGCUGUACUUCAUCCUACAGGCCCACUGUACUGCCCAGAGGACAAGGAGAUGAAACCAGCCUGUAUAAAAGCCCUUACUCGUAUAUUUAAAAUCUCUGAUCAAGAUAAUGAUGGUACACUCAAUGAUGCUGAACUCAACUUCUUUCAGAGGAUUUGUUUCAACACUCCAUUAGCUCCUCAGGCUCUGGAAGAUGUCAAGAAUGUAGUCAGAAAACACAUCAGUGAUGGUGUGGCUGACAGUGGAUUGACAUUGAAAGGUUUUCUCUUUUUACACACACUUUUUAUUCAGAGAGGGAGACACGAAACUACUUGGACUGUACUUCGACAAUUUGGUUAUGAUGAUGAUCUAGAUUUGACACCUGAAUAUUUAUUCCCCAUGCUGAAAAUACCUCCUGAUUGCACUACUGAAUUAAAUCAUCAUGCGUAUUUGUUUCUCCAAAGCACCUUUGACAAACAUGAUUUGGAUAGAGACUGUGCUUUGUCACCUGAUGAGCUUAAAGAUUUAUUUAAAGUUUUCCCUUACAUACCUUGGGGGCCUGAUGUGAAUAACACAGUUUGUACAAAUGAAAGAGGUUGGAUAACCUACCAGGGAUUCCUUUCCCAGUGGACGCUCACGACGUAUUUAGAUGUUCAGAGAUGCCUGGAGUAUUUGGGCUAUCUAGGUUAUUCCAUAUUGACUGAACAAGAGUCUCAAGCUUCAGCCAUUACAGUAACAAGAGAUAAAAAGAUAGAUCUGCAGAAGAAACAGACUCAAAGAAAUGUUUUUAGAUGUAAUGUAAUUGGAAUGAAAAGCUGUGGGAAAAGUGGAGUUCUUCAGACUCUUCUUGGAAGAAACUUAACGAGGCAGAAGAAAAUUCGUGAUGAUCAUAAAUCUUACUAUGCAAUCAACACUGUUUAUGUGUAUGGACAGGAGAAAUACUUAUUGUUGCAUGACAUCUCAGAAUCGGAAUUUCUGACUGAGGCCGAGAUCAUUUGUGACGUUGUAUGCCUGGUGUAUGAUGUCACUAACCCCAAAUCCUUUGAAUACUGUGCCAGGAUUUUUAAGCAACACUUCAUGGAUAGCAGAAUACCCUGCUUAAUCGUAGCUGCAAAAUCAGACCUGCAUGAAGUUAAACAAGAAUAUAGUAUCUCACCUACUGAUUUCUGCAGGAAACACAAAAUGCCUCCACCUCAAGCCUUCACUUGCAACACUGCUGAUGCACCCAGUAAGGAUAUCUUUGUUAAACUGACAACAAUGGCCAUGUACCCAGAGGAUCAUUACAGAGACAGACUCUCCCGAGACUUGGGCAACACUGAUAGAAUAGAGAAUUUGAGAAAAAUCUGGGUCUUUCUAAAAACUGCUUUCCAUGCCCGGUUACGCUGUAUGUGCACCUGCAACAGGUGUACAUUUUGCAUCUGUCAGAACUUCCUCAACUCAGACUUGCUGCAAUCUGUAAAGAACAAAAUCUUCACUGCAGUUCUUAACAGGCACGUGACACAAGCCGACCUCAAGAGUUCCACAUUUUGGCUUCGAGCAAGUUUCGGUGCUACUGUUUUUGCAGUUUUGGGCUUUGCCAUGUACAAAGCUUUAUUGAAACAGCGAUGAUUAAAAAAAAAAAACUUUUAUGUACAUUCUGAAUGCUUUAAAUUCUGCUAGAAUAUUGAGAUAUUUAUACAUGCAGAGUUACUUUAUUAAUAUUUGUAAUUCAUGCAUAAGAGUAUUUUAAUGAUAGUUAUAACUACAGUAUUGCUGAGCAUAUGGGAAGAAAACAGCUUAAUAGCCAAACAAAAAUGGCUAAAUUUCAGAGGGCAAAAGGGAAUAUUUUGUAAAUAAUGUAUAUAUUCAGGCAAGACAUGGUCUCCCAAACUGAGUUCUAGGAAAAUGAUGUUUCUAGACAUUUCUACAUGGUAUUGUUAGUGUUCAGUGGGCUCACUCUCCUAGAUUUAAGCCCACCAGAGAUUGUAUUUACUCAUGGACCACUUAUUUAUUUCACACUUACUCAGAUUGAUUCUUUGGGUUCUGUAAGUACAUACAGCACAAUUAGCCAUUUUCUCUGUUUUUAAAACCCACAUGAGUCAAUGUCAGAUGAACAACAUAACUUUCUUUCGGUCACUUAUGGUAGGCCAACCUUGAAGCCAUCAUGCAGUCUAGAAAAUUAUAUAGCUGAGUGUCCAGCUGUCCUGUAAGGAGGAAAUAAAGUAAAAGCAAUUAGCAGAAAUGUCAUCAAUGUGAUUAUGUUGCUUCCUUUGUCAGUAGGUGGAAUUUUGUAGCCCUUUCAAUCAAUUGAGAAAAAGUUUGUUUUAUUUUUUAGUUUAAAUAAACAAGUCACCCUUACUACUGUUGAGUUUCCUCCCAACUUGUAAAUCAUUCUAUAAUGGCUGUGUCUAUUAUAGUAUUACAGUAGCUGCAUGUGUCAUGAAGUGUUGUCUGUCUGGCUAGGAUAACCUAGAGGCAGCACUUUUUUUAAAUGGUAAAAUAAAUCUAAUGAAUAUAAACUGUCAUGAUAAACCUAUUUUUUCCAUCACUGACCUUUUCAAGUAUUUAAAUAAAUAACUGAUGUGUACUGUGA